AUGUGACACACCUGUGAGGAGGAAGUGACAUGUGAAGUGAAAAUCCCGCCCCUUUGUUUGUGCAUAACACGCUGCACGUGUUGCUCAUACACCGGGAGGAUUUCUAUACCUCAGAGCAGGAACCUGAAGCAACUGCCGAGGAAUUAUUUCUCUUUAACUUUAAAGCAUUUUAAAGGAAAAUGAUGUUUGCAGCGAACUGUAACAGUCGAAGAUUUCAAGGAGACAACAGUGCCAAGAAAAUGCAGAAGCAAGUGGAGAUCAGGAUGGAUGAAAGUCAUUUGGACACGAUAGUCAAACCUCCUAACAGUCUGUGUGGUCUUUUGUGUGAUAAAAUCACAAAGAACAUGGUUCUAACUCUCACAAUCCUCGGUGUGUUUCUGGGUUCGACUGCUGGAAUGCUGUUGCGCCACAUAUCACCUCUACCUCCUGAUGUCAUUAUGAUCAUCGGCUUCCCUGGGGAGAUCUUAAUGAGGAUGCUGAAGAUGCUCAUUUUGCCUCUGAUUGUUUCCAGUCUUGUUACAGGACUGGCUGGUUUGGAUGCCAAAUCCAGCGGACGCCUUGGCACCAGGGCCAUGGUUUAUUACAUGUCAACAACAGUGAUAGCUGCCAUCCUGGGUGUGAUCCUGGUGUUGCUCAUCCAUCCAGGCAACCCCAAGCUCAGGGCUAAUCUCGGACAGGGAAGGAAGAAUGAUGAUGUCUCCAGUUUGGAUGCUUUCUUUGAUCUCAUCCGUAAUCUUUUCCCAGAAAACUUGGUCCAGGCCUGCUUCCAACAGGUAGGAGUUCCAGCCAUUGUUUUUGUGAACUAUGUAGUCUUUUCCUUCUGCCAGAGCUCUUUGUCCUUAAUCCCCCCUCCCCCUCAUUUCCAGGUACAGACAAUUGUCAGUGCUGUGCCAACAAACAGGACAAAUGGACCAACCCAGCUUAUACUGAAGAGGUCACUUCAGUUCAAGAGUGGCAUGAAUGUCCUCGGACUGAUUGGUUUUUUUGUUGCUUUUGGAGUCAUUAUGGGGAAAAUGGGAGAGAAGGCCAAGCUGAUGCUGGACUUUUUCAACAUCCUCAAUGAAAUUGUCAUGAAGCUCGUCAGUGCAAUUAUGUGGUACUCACCUCUCGGUAUUGCCUGCCUCAUCUGUGGGAAAAUCAUCUCGAUUGCUAACUUGGAAGUGGUUGCAAGACAGCUGGGGAUGUACAUGGUCACUGUGAUCGUGGGCCUCAUCAUCCACGGAGGCAUUUUUCUUCCAAUGAUUUAUUUCGUAAUUGUUAAAAAAAACCCCUUCAAGUUCUUCAUGGGAAUUUUCCAGGCUUGGGUCACGGCUCUUGGAACAGCAUCCAGUGCUGGAACUCUGCCCGUCACGUUCCGAUGUUUGGAGGACAACCUCGGCAUCGACCGAAGAGUUACACGAUUUGUUCUCCCAGUGGGUGCCACCAUUAACAUGGACGGCACGGCGCUUUACGAAGCGGUAGCUGCCAUCUUCAUAGCUCAGAUGAACAACAUUAAUCUCGACUGGCACCAGCUUGUUACUGUUAGUAUGACCGCCACACUGGCCAGUGUGGGAGCCGCCAGUAUUCCCAGUGCGGGCCUUGUAACUAUGCUGCUCAUCCUCACGGCAGUGGGGCUUCCAACUCAGGACAUCAGCCUGCUCGUUGCUGUCGACUGGUUACUGGAUCGCUUCCGUACAUCAGUUAACGUGGUUGGUGACUCAUACGGAGCAGGAAUUGUCUACCACCUUUCCAAAGACGAGCUUGACACGUUUGAUGCUCAGCAGGUUCGACUUGAUGACUUUGACAUCACAAAGGCACAAUCCUACUUUGAAAAUAACUCCAACCAGAAUGUGUUUGCUGCCCACCACAACGCCAUCCUGUUAGAUGACUGCAAGGUACAUUUCACUUUAACAGAUAUAGAGACCUGUAUGUAGAUGGUCCUUCUGAAUUUGUUGUUUUUUUCUGUUUGAUUUCCUAAACUUAUACUGAUAUCAACAGAAUAUAUAUUUUUCAUUGUAAAUUAAAUAAAAAUGAA